AUGUCAGCUCCCCACACCCAGUCCAAGCUUGUCGCACAGGGCCCACUGGGUACCGAGGAAGCACGCUGGAUUCGAGCCGUGAAGACAACAUACACUGAUCCCUUGGGUGUUGAACGAACAUGGGAAUCCGCCGAGCGCACUACACGACCUGCGGGAGUGGAGCUCGAUGGCGUGGGGAUCGUCGCUAUUCUAAGCAAAGAUAGCGGGUCGGAAUUACUUUUGCAGAAGCAAUAUCGGCCGCCUAUCAAUAAAGUGGUCAUUGAGGUCCCAGCGGGUCUGAUUGAUGUUGGAGAGACACCAGAGCAGUGUGCCGUCCGUGAGCUUCUUGAAGAGACUGGCUAUGUUGGUGUGGCGGAGCAGACUAGUCCAGUCAUGUUCAAUGAUCCUGGAAUGUGCAAUACCAAUUUGCACAUGGUCCAUGUCAAGGUUGAUAUGUCGCUUCCUGAGAACAAGAACCCGAAGCCUCAGCUUGAAGAGAAUGAGUUUAUUGAGUGCUUCACGGUGCCUUUGACAUCGUUGUUUGAUGAGAUGAAGAAGCUUGAGAAGGAAGGUUAUGCUAUUGAUGCUCGGAUUGGUACCCUUGCAGAAGGCAUUGAAUUGGCGAAGAAGUGGAAGCUGUGA